GGAGGCCGGCGGGCCACCAUGUAGGUCCCCUCGCAGGCGUGAGCGAUGCGCUGGCUGCUGCCGCUGUCCCACACAGUGACACUGGCCGUCGUGCACGUGCGGCGAGGCGUCUGCGGGCUCGGGAUGUACUAUGCGGUGAGGAGGGGCCGCAGGACCGGCGUCUUCCUGAGCUGGCAGGAAACUGCACAUGUGCAAGAAUCACCGUUAAAGACCAGCAAGCGGCCUCGGGAGCCUCCGGAUGAAGGGGAAGGGGAAGAACAGCCGGAGCCAGAGGCAAAGCACACCAGACAGAGCUCAGAGCUGGCUCCCCUAGUGAGCAAGGACACGUUUUCUUAUAUGGGAGAGUCAGUUGUUGUCUACACGGAUGGCUGCUGCUCCUAUAACGGGCAGAAGCGGGCGAGAGCAGGAAUUGGCGUUUACUGGGGGCCCGGCCACCCCUUAAAUGUAGGUAUUAGACUUCCUGGGCGACAGACAAACCAGAGGGCCGAGAUCCAUGCAGCCUGCAAAGCCAUCAUGCAAGCCAGGGCUCAGAACAUCAGCAAGCUGGUUCUUUAUACAGACAGCAUGUUCACCAUCAAUGGGAUAACCAGCUGGGUUCAGGGCUGGAAGAAGAACGGCUGGAGAACCAGUGCAGGGCAAGACGUGAUCAACAAGGAGGACUUCAUGGAGCUGGACAAGCUCACCCAGGGCAUGGACAUCACGUGGAUGCACAUUCCUGGUCACUCCGGAUUCGUGGGCAACGAAGAAGCCGACAGGCUGGCAAGGGAAGACGCGAAGCAGUCUGAAGACUGAGCGAAGUUGUUGCUGUGCCCUCAGACGCGACGAGUGGCUGCUCCUUUACGAGUGGCUGCUCCUUUACCCUGAUGUGCAGUGAGGACACAGCGUGGAGGACUCGACCGUGACCUGUGACGCAGCUUGAUGAGAAGUGCUUGGAUAACGGAAGGGGAAGCUUGAACUCAACCUUCUGUGGACGUUCAGUCAUGGCCUUCUGGGUCUGACAUUCUGCCCCACCUGCAGGGCUACAACGGGUUCUAGACCACCCUAAGGAGGGAAUGUAGGGACAGGAGAUACAAAGGAAAUACACCAAGUCUAGAUUCUGAUCAAGGUGCAACUUUAUUUUCUCCACAAGGGU